AAUGAACUUCUGAUUCAUCGCCACCGGCACCCUCCAAAAAAUCAUCAUGCUCGUCACCCUCGGAAUCAGGACCAAUGUCACCAAAUCCGGCAGCCUCAAGUGAUUGAUUACCAUUUUCUGCAUCUCCACUUUACCCACCCCCUUGGUGAUGGGAAUUCAUGUGCUAAUCGCCAGGUACGGGCCUUGCGCAGGGAGUUUGAUGGUUCAAGUCGUCAUCUUGCAGUGUAUCAUUUGGCACACUCUGCUUUGUUCCUGUUCGAGUACAGGGGGGCCAAGAUUUUGAUAAUGGAGUAG